CAAUUUUAUACUGUCAUUUGCACGCCCAGAAAAGUUUUGUGAACAGUUCUAUUAAGCUCUAUUACAUAGCAGUCCUUUACUUGAUCCGGGGCCAGUAAAACAACGUGGAUAUUAAUAAUGGCAGAGUCAUUGAAAUGGGCAUGUGAAAAUGGAGACAUUGAUGCCGUCAAAAACCACAUUGGAGAGAACAAGGACUUAGUAAAUACUAUCGGAAGUACAGGACGUUACCCACUACACUUCGCAGCCGAUUAUGGUCAAACUGAGAUCAUCGAGUAUUUGGUUUCCCAAGGAGCAGAUGUCAAUAUGUCUGACAAACAUGGAAUCACACCUCUGCUGGCCGCCAUUUGGGAAGGACACACAAAAUCCGUCCAAGUACUCCUUGACAAUGGGGCUAAAAAAGAUGGAAAGGCUCCAGAUGGUAGUAGUUAUAUAGACAGUGCCGAAAAAGAAGAAAUAAAAAAUAUUUUACGAUAAAUCUCAGAUAUGAACUGAAAGUGUGUAAAUUAUGAGAAGUGAAGAGGGAAACGUGUAGUGCUUUAUUUUAUACAAAGACAAGCUCAAAGUUACGAAAAGUUUUAAAAAACUCAAUUAUAAGAAGUUACAAAUAUACAGGACAUCAUAUUGGCUGUGGAAUUUAGAAUGCCCAGUAUCAGAUUUGUACCAUUUUGGUUAAAUACAACCAAAUCGACAUAACAUUUUGUGGUGAGAAAAUAUUGAAGUCUACAUCUGCACUUGGCUUAUGCAAAAUCCACAGCCUUCUGAAAAACUCUGGUUGCUAUAAAAAGGUAAAUAAUGUUAUAUUAGGCUAUGAAUUGUCCACCAUUGGAAAGGAGGGCUGUGAAUCUGGCAAAAUCAUUGGAAACU